AUGGCAGACGCCUCAUGCAGCGGCCCGUCGCCGUUCAAACGCCUCGUCGACCAUCACUCUCGCGACGUCAGCCAUCAUCAAGACCACCUCGUUGACCCAUCUGCAGGUCGAGCUCACAGUUCUUUCCGAUCCCCUCGACAACAGACGCAGGACCACGACAGCUUUGCCGCCUUUGUCGACGCGGCACCGUCCGUCUUCCCGGGAGCGCCUCACGAUGCCGCAAACCGCCUUGCUGCGCACGCGGCUGCCCUGCAACAACAACAGCACCAACGACAUCAACAACAGCCCGUCCCUGCCCGGCUGUCGCAGCAGGCGAGAGCCUCGCCAGCCCCAGACAUCGGCAACUGGGCCGCCGACUUUGCGCGCUUCUCCCACCAGCAAGCGCGGCCCGGCCCCGCCGCGCAGAUGCAUCAACAGCCCGCGCCGAUGGGCCUGCAGCCGGCCCUCGGCCAGGCUUUCGGGCGGCCCGUGCUGCGGGCCACCGGGCCGGCUGGGUUCAUGAGCCCCCAGGCCAUGCCGGCCGCUGCGGAAUCCGACUUUGACAGGGACAUGUCGCAAUGGGUGUCCAGCCACGGCGGGGGGGGGGACAUGUCGCGCGUCGACGCCGCGAUGGAGCAGAUGGCGCGAGAGCUGGAGCUCAACGGGGCCUCGCUCCCGGCGGCGGCCGAGACGACGGAUGCGGCGGCCGCAGAGGAAACCGCGCGCGACACCGACGCCCUUCCGUCCCCGCCGUACACGGAUCUCGACACCCCCGAAAUCGGCAGCCUCUCUCUGCAGGAGAGGCAGGGACGCGAGCAAGGCCCGGCGGAUCGCGACGCGGCCCCCAAGGCCAAGUCGGCCGUGUCCCAAGCCGCCGAGCGCCUGCUGGAAUCCGUGCAGCACGAAGACGGGGACAAGUGGCAAAACUCCGUCUUCCUCUCGCUGAUGCGGGAUUUCCGAGACGGCCGAAAGGACAUUGUGGACAACGAGAUCCGCGCCACGGCAGGCGACGGCGCGCACGAGCAGCAUCCGCAGCCGACGACGUGA